GGCAACUUCGCCGUGGUGAAGCUGGCCACCCACCUGGUGACCCGGGCCAAGGUUGCUAUAAAGAUCAUUGACAAGACACAGUUGGAUGAAGAGAACCUCAAGAAGAUUUUUAGAGAAGUUCAGAUUAUGAAGAUGCUCUGCCACCCGCAUAUCAUCCGAUUAUAUCAGGUUAUGGAGACGGAGAGGAUGAUUUAUCUGGUGACAGAGUAUGCUAGCGGAGGGGAAAUAUUUGAUCACCUGGUAGCCCAUGGACGGAUGGCUGAGAAAGAAGCUCGGAGAAAGUUCAAGCAGAUUGUAGCUGCUGUCCACUUUUGUCACUGUUGUCACAUAGUUCACAGAGACUUGAAGGCAGAGAAUCUGCUGCUGGAUGCUAACCUUAACAUCAAAAUAGCAGAUUUUGGGUUCAGUAACAUCUUCACACCUGGCCAGCUGCUUAAAACCUGGUGUGGGAGUCCCCCCUACGCGGCCCCCGAGCUCUUUGAAGGGAAGGAAUAUGAUGGGCCGAAGGUUGACAUUUGGAGUCUUGGUGUGGUCCUGUAUGUGCUGGUCUGUGGUGCUCUGCCCUUCGAUGGGAGUACUCUGCAGAAUCUGCGGGCAAGGGUGCUUAGUGGGAAAUUUCGCAUUCCAUUUUUUAUGUCCACAGAAUGUGAGCACUUGAUCCGCCACAUGCUGGUGCUGGACCCAAGUAAGCGACUGUCAAUGGAACAGAUCUGCAAACACAAGUGGAUGAAGCUUGGGGAAGCUGAUGCAGAGUUUGACAGGUUAAUAGCAGAAUGUCAGCACCUGAAGAUUGAAAGGCAGAUGGAACCACUGAAUGAAGACGUGCUCUUAGCAAUGGUGGAGAUGGGGCUGGACAAAGAGCGCACGCUACAGUCACUAAGGACAGAUGCCUAUGAUCACUACAGUGCAAUCUAUAGCCUGCUGUGCGACCGAUUAAAGAGACACAAGAAUCUGCGCAUUACAGCACCUCCCAGUGUGCCACGGACCAUGGCCUUCCCCACACCAGCUAACAUCCAGGCGGAACAGGCAGGCAACCCCGUGAGUAUCAAUGUGCCACAAGUCCAGCUCAUCAACCCUGAGAACCAGAUCAUAGAGACUGAUGGAACAAUGAACUUGGACAGUGACGAAGGAGAAGAGCCAUCCCCUGAAGCCCUGGUCCGCUAUCUCUCAAUGAGAAGGCACACUGUUGGAGUCGCAGACCCACGCACGGAAGUGAUGGAAGAUCUCCAGAAGCUCCUGCCAGGCUUCCCUCGUGUCACUCCCCAGGCACCGUUCCUGCAGGUGACUCCAAACAUGAACUUCAUGCACAAUAUGCUGCCUAUGCAGAACCUGCAGCCAACUGGCCAGCUGGAGUACAAGGAGCAGUCCUUGCUGCAGCCCCCCACUCUGCAGUUGUUGAAUGGAAUGGGCCCUCUGGGGCGGCGGGCUUCAGACGGUGGAGCCAACAUCCAGCUGCACGCACAACAACUGCUGAAGCGUCCUCGAGGUCCUUCCCCACUCGUCACUAUGACGCCAGCCGUGCCAGCAGUUACCCCUGUGGAUGAGGAGAGCUCUGAUGGGGAGCCGGAUCAGGAAGCUGUGCAGAGAUACUUGGCAAAUAGGUCAAAAAGGCACACUCUGGCAAUGACCAACCCUACAGCUGAAAUCCCUCCAGACUUGCAGAGGCAGCUAGGACAGCAGUCUUUUCGAUCCCGGGCUUGGGCUCCACACCUGGUACCCGAUCAGCACCGCUCUGUUUACAAGGACUCAAACACCCUGCACCUCCCCACUGAGCGCUUCUCCCCGGUUCGCCGCUUUUCUGACGGUGCUGCCAGCAUCCAGGCGUUCAAAGCCCACCUGGAGAAAAUGGGCAAUAACAGCAGCAUCAAACAGCUUCAGCAGGAGUGUGAGCAACUACAGAAGAUGUACGGUGGGCAUAUGGACGAGAGAACUCUGGAGAAGACACAGCAGCAGCACAUGUUGUACCAGCAGGAGCAGCAUCAUCAAAUUCUCCAUCAGCAGAUUCAGGAUUGUAUUCGCCCACCUCAGCCAUCUCCACCCUUGCAAGCUCCAUGUGAAAACCAGCCAGCUUUGCUCACCCACCAGCUGCAGAGGUUACGGAUUCAGCCAUCUAGUCCACCCCCAAACCACCCUAAUAAUCAUCUCUUCAGGCAGCCAAAUAGCAGCCCCCCUCCUGGGAAUAGCAGCAUGCUGCAGACUCAUGGUGCGGCCUCUCAGUCCCAGUUCCAAGGGAUGCCUUCCCACAGUGCGAUCUUCCAGCAGUCUGGUAACUGUUCCCCUCCCCCGAACGUGGCACUGACAUGCAUGGGCAUGGCGCAGCAACCGCAGCCACAGCCGGUCACCAUCCAAGUGCAAGAGCCCGGAGAUAUGCUCAGCAACAACCUUCUGCAAGGGGCGGCUGUGGCAGGGCAGGGCAUGUCCCCGCACCCGCGAGGCACGUCUGUCAACCCGAGUGCUAAUCAGAUCCAAAUGCAGCAUCGCGCUAACCUGAUGGCCUCUCUCACGUACGGGCACAGGCCACUGUCCAAGCAGCUCAGUGCUGAUAGUGCAGAGUCACACAGCUUGAACAUGAACAGGUAUCCCCCUGCUAACUAUGACCAGGUGCACUUACAUCCCCACCUGUUCUCCGAUCAGGCCCGUGCAUCCCCCAGCAACUACAGCCCAUCAGCAGGGGUGGGAUUCCCCACAACGCAGCAAGCCCUGAAGGUCCCUCAACUUGACCAGUUCCCUAGCUUCCCUCAAAGUGCACAUCAGCAGCAGCCGCAGCACUACACGGCAUCGGCACUACAGCAGGCACUGCUGUCCCCAACUCCGCCAGAUUACAGCCGACACCAGCAGGUACCGCAUAUCCUCCAGGGACUGCUUUCCCCCCGGCACUCGCUCACGGGGCACACGGACAUGCGACUGCCCCCAGCAGAAUUUGCACAGCUCAUCAAGCGGCGGCAGCAGCAGCAACAGCAGCAGCAAGAAUUUCAAGAGUUGUUCAGGCAUAUGAGCCAAGGAGAGGCUGGGAAUAUGAGCACCAGCAUGGGACAGAACCUCUCAGAGCGUCCGUCGUUGUCUGUGCCUUAUCAGAAUGCUGACACGUACCAUCACAACAGCCCCCAACAUCUCUUAAAAAUCAGGGCACACGACUGUAUCCAGCAGGUAUCUGCAGCAGUGGCACCACAUGGGUAUGUACACCAGCCAGCUCUGAUCCCUUCGGAGAGCAUGGAGGAGGACUGUGCAUGUGAGGGUGCCAGGGACAGCUUUCCGGACACUAAGAGUUCAAAUACAUUGACCAAAGGUGGCCAUGAGAACCCCCUGCUUUUAAAUGCAGGAGGGCAUGGGGACCCAGAAUCUCUGCUAGGAACUGUUAAUCAGGGGCAGGAAUUGGGGACGCAUCAUUACAGACAUCAGCCAGCUACCGGAUUCAGUAGGAAUAAGGUGCCCAGCAGAGACUCCAUUGUAGGGAACUGUAUGGACAGAAGUUCUCCAGGACAAGCUAUGGAGAUGCCCAAUCAUAAUGGAUUGGGUUAUUCUGCAAGACCAGCUUCCACUGAACACCACAGACCCAGGACUUUGCAGAGACAUCACACCAUACAGAACAGCGAUGAUGCCUAUGUCCAGUUGGAUAACUUGCCUGGAAUGAGUUUAAUGGCUGGAAAAGCACUAAGCUCUGCUCGGAUGUCUGAUGCAGUACUCAGCCAGUCAUCGCUCAUGGCCAGCCAGCAGCUACAUGCCAGGGAGAGCGAGGACUGUGGGGAAAGUUUGGAAGGUCAAGAGCACCCAAAUCUAGCUGAUGUCAGCCAGCAUUUAAACACCUCUUGUUAUCCAUCUACGUGUAUUACAGACGUCCUCCUGAGCUACAAGCACCCGGAGGUGCCCUUUGGGAUGGAGCAGGCUGGGGUGUAGCAGGAGGAGGGAGUUUUGUGUACAGCUUUGAAAUGAAAAGGUCCAUUUUAAACCAACAGUAUCUAGCAGCAUUGCGCCAAAUCGCCAUAGUAUUUCUCACUGAAAUAUCGUGGCUCCUUUCCUCAUAAUCAGUUCCUCAGUGUGUCGUUCCUUUGGUUUCUUUCGUUUCUGCCAUAUUUGCCUGUAACUUCAGCUAUCAUAGAGCUAACCAGAAAACCUGAGUCCUACACCCUGUGUGAAAGGAUUGAUGGAACUUGAGUUUUGCAUUUGGUUUGGAGGGGGUUUUAAAUGCGAAGGGCCAGGCAAUCACGGAUGGUGCAGACUCAGGCGUUCUCCCCUUCAUCCAACCCCGCUCUUAAGGCCUGUCCAACAUCCUCGUUUUCUGGGGACAAGUAGGAGAGCAUGGGACCCAUGCCUUCCUGGAGCCUGCCUGAAUAGGGGAAGCAAGGGGCAGGGAGGGAAUUUGAAGCUCUGUCCUUUGGCAAGCAAUAAGCAGAGCUCCUGAAAACCAAGUCCAAAACCAGAGUCGUUUUUCCAGGGUUCCAGCGCACACCACGCCCCACAAGCCCAGCCCCAAGGGCAGAAGAAGGCCAUGCUGUAGUUUUAUUUCCAUAUCCUUUGCAUCUGAACUGAUAGUAGGGCCCAGAGCUACUCUGGGGCAAGAGCAACUCAGUCUCCCUUACCACAAUGCUAGCCUGUCCAACCCACCCCUGUCCGAUUACGUCCUCCACCCCACUGGUUCUUCCAACACCCAGCAGUGGUGCAAUACGCUUUGUCUCUCUCAUCUUUCUCUGCUUUUCUUUCCUUUUUUUUUUUUUUUUUUUUUGGUCAUUUUC